AAUUAACAUGGCGCAGCUUGUAUGGGGUGGACUCACUCCAUAGUUUAUAACAAAAAUAUCAGAUUUCAUUUUUUUGACGUGAGAGUUUUGGGUUCAUGUGUUACACAUUUGGUCUGCACUUUUAUUCAUACUUGCCCCAUCCUUUUAAAUAGAAUGGCCGUUUUGUAGCUUUGCCAAUUAAGACUGUAAUUAUAAGAAAGCGGUUGAAGACAAUUGUUGUAUAUUGGGGUUCACUUUGUAGCAACAUCAUCAUCAGAUUCAUAUACAUUGUUGUUUGCAGAUUCAUGCUAAAUUAUCGCUUCUUUCUCUUGCUCGCUAUCUUUCAUCAUUCAUUUUAUUGAUCAGAAACCAACCUUGGCAAGUAGCUCAUAAGGUGUUUGUUAAUUUGCCUCAACGAACUUUUCUAUUUCUUUCAAUUAGUACAUAUGUUUGAGUUGGUAACCUCUGGCACUUCACUUUAAAGGUUUUAUAUCAGCAGCUUGAUUGGGUUGGUUUCUGCUAUCAACCUCAAAUUACAAAAGGUGAGCGUUCAGCAAAAGUUUCAAGCACGCAAUGUCUCUUAGAAGACCACCACUUCCUCGUAUCCUCCUUGAUAACGUCUCGUGCAUGAGAAAUGCUCAACAGAUCUUACGCCAUGUCAAUGUUUCCAUGCACGACGGCGGGGCACUUGUUCUGACAGGCAGCAAUGGGUCAGGCAAGACCACCUUCUUACGAAUGUUAGCUGGAUUCUCUAAGCCUUCUGCCGGUCAGAUCCUUUGGAACGGUCAUGACGUGACGGAAUCUGGAGUCUUCCACCAGUAUAAGCUUCAGUUAAACUGGCUCUCUCUGAAAGAUGCCAUCAAGGAUAGGUUCACGGUCCUUGAAAAUGUCCAGUGGUACGAGGUUCUUGAAAGCAAGGAAGGGAAUUCAAUGCGGGCUAUCGAGUUGAUGGGGCUCGGAAGAUUGGCCAAAGAUAAGGCGAAAAUGCUGUCGAUGGGUCAGCGUAAGAGGCUUCAGCUUGCGAGGUUACUGGCUAUAGACCGGCCGAUAUGGUUGCUUGAUGAGCCUUCUGUUGCCUUAGAUGAUGAUGGGGUGAAGUUAUUGGAGUACAUAAUCGCAGAGCAUAGAAAGAAGGGAGGGAUAGUAUUUGCGGCUACACAUCUGCCUAUAGAGAUUGAGGAUGCUAUGCAUUUGAGACUACCACCUCGGUUCCCUCGAAGAAUGACUUUGGUCGAUAUGCUCGAUCGAGCCGACAUCUCUUGAAACAAGAGAUUGAAUCUCAGUGCUGUGCACAUAGAAUUAGUCUUAUUUUAGCAUCAUCUGGUGUAAAGCCAGUAGAAUGAAUCACUAGUCUGAGUCAAUUUCAUGAAAGUCCCUUGUCGAUUGAAACCUUUAUAACUUAUUUUAAUUUUUAAUUUAAAAAUAAUUAAAGUUUGACAUUGGUUAAUAAAUAAUUAUGUCCAUUUAUUUA